AUGAUUCCGGAAAAGCCCCUGCCGUACUCUGACGAGUUCUCGUCUGUCGAGGACUACAUCGAGGCUCUCCUGGAAUACACCAGCACCACGGACAUGUUCCAGAUUCUGUGUGGUGGAGUGCACAUUCUGGAUUUCUUCACCACCGAGCCGGGCCUCUUCAAGACCAUCAUCCCCGAGAGCUGGCAGCCCUUUCUGGUGGCCUGCAACCCUAUGGACUUUUUGGAUGUGUUAUUGAGAGACGACCUGGACAGCCCAAUCACCAAAGAUGGUGCGGGAAGUCCUCCAGAGGACCUUGUCACAUUCGUUCGUGAUGUGCGAAGACUCAGCCUGAGAAGAUCCUUCGUUCCAAAGCAGGGAAAACUGCCAGUGCUGCCUCGUCAGGUGGCGCUUGGGAUGAACAUUAAAAAGGUCCACGAGGUCACCAGUUUUGCCGGCUAUGUGGAUCGGCUUAUGGAGGACAUAUCCACGACAUACGGCCAGGAGAUGACGCAUCUCAUUGACUUUGGAAGCGGGCAAAACUACCUCGGCAGGACCUUGGCGAGUGAACCGUACAACAAGCACAUCAUCGCUGUUGAGGGCCGAGAGGAGAACAUUGCUGGUGCGAAGAACCUCGAUCUGCUGGCGGGCCUCGCCGAGAAGGAGAAGGCUAUGCGGAACAAGAAGGUCUAUCAACAAGUGCUCGAUCAAAGGACGCCAAAGGAGAAGAUGAGCGACAGAACCCUCAACCGCGUUGCCAAGCCCCUGGACUUUGCCCCGGAGGUGGUGGCGGCCGCCGAUAUGCGGCCCAUCAAGGACCUGGAACUCACAUACGUACAAGAGCAAGGUAAAGGCUACAUACACUACGUCCACGACAGGCUGGAGAACGCCGAUAUGACUUCCGUCAUUGGCAAAGUCAAGGAAGACCUCCUGCCCGGGCAAGAGCAAGACCUGCGCCUGAUGGCAAUAUCCAUCCACUCCUGCGGCAACCUCUCGCACUUUGGCAUCCGGUCCAUGGUCCUCAACCCCGACAUCCGCGCGGUCGCGAUUGUCGGAUGCUGCUACAACCUGAUGACGGAGAAGCUGGGGCCGCCGACCUACAAGAUCCCUUACAUGCGGCCCAGCUUGCAGGCGAUCAACGGGCGCGUCGCUCGGGAAUCCGAGAAGCGCGACCCGCAAGGGUUCCCCAUGAGCCAGCGCCUCUGCAAGUACAAGGACGGCGUGCGCCUCAACAUCACGGCGCGCAUGAUGGCCUGCCAAGCGCCCGAGAACUGGACCGAGAGCGACAGCCAGGGCUUCUUCGUGCGGCACUUCUACCGCGCCGUCCUCCAGAAGCUGUUCCUCGACAAGGGCGUCAUCAACAAGAUCUACCACGACAAGGGCGAGGAGGCCGACGACCAAGGGAACUGGAGCUCGACGCCCUUCAACACGAGCACGAACCCGGUCAUCAUCGGCUCGCUGCGCAAGGGCUGCUACACGUCCUUCCACGCGUACGUGCGCGGGGCGAUCAAGAAGCUGACGUCCAACUCGGAGUUUGUCCAGUACAGCCGGGUCGUCCGGGAGAAGAUGGGGGACAUCACGGACGAGGAGAUCUCCGAGUACGAGCGGGCGUACGGACACAGGAAGAACGAGAUCGCGGCGAUCUGGAGCCUGAUGGCCUUCUGCGCCGGGGUGGUCGAGUCGCUCAUCGUGGCAGACCGGUGGCUGUUCCUCAAGGAGCACACGGACCUGGUGCAGGACUGCUGGGCCGAGACGGUCUUUGACUACAAGUACAGCCCUCGCAACCUCGUCGUGGUUGGCAUCAAGAAGUAG